CGACAGCUCUGCCACGCAGCUGAAUCAGUUGACGCUCGGCGUUCAAGCGAUCAAGUUGUUUCGUUUCUCUAUUUUCUUGGCCAACACAAGACAAACAAAAAAUAAAAAAAAACAAACACAAACUAUAAUCGGAAUUCGGUUUUGUAAUUAGUUAAUUCAAUUGAACCAAGUGCAUAUCAUUGAAACGGUUUACACACAAAUACCCAAAGCACUCUUUGGUUGUGACAAGCUGUAGGUAUGGCUGAAGCCCAUUCCGCCGUUGCCUUCUCGUUUGCGAUCACGCACGAGGGCUUUGACAUCAACUAUGACCACGAGGUGCUCAAUCUGGUCUUCAACUCGGGCGUGCGUUCCUGGAAGAAGCGUGUGGCCCGUGCCAGGAAUGGCAUUCGCAACGGUGUUUAUCCGGCGCACAUACAAAGCCUGUGGCUAAUAACUGCCAUUGCGUUGGGCCUGCACUUUGCCGGCUACAAUGCGCCCUUCAACCUGACCAACAGAAUUCUGGUGCAUCUGCCCAGCAACACAAUGAACUGGCAGAUUUGCGCCUGCUUCCUGACGGCACUCGCCAUCUGGCUGUCGAUAUGCUUCACGAUGCGAUACACCCUGAAACUGCUGCUGAUUUACAAGGGCUGGAUGUAUGAAUCGAGAGCACCGGGCAGUCGUGUCUCGCUGCCCACAAUUCUGUGGGUGGCCGUUGUCCGUGUGCUCUCCACCUGGAACAAGCCCAGUCUGUACAGUUUUCAGGGUUCGUUGCCUCGACUUCCGUUGCCCUCUGUGCACGAUACGAUGGCGCGUUAUCUGCGCUCGGUGCGUCCACUGUUGGAUGAUGCCAACUACGAACGCAUGCAGGGAUUAGCCAAGGAGUUUGAGCAAACCAUUGGCAGGAAACUACAGUUGUAUCUGGUUUUGAAGAGCUGGACAUCCACCAACUACGUCUCGGAUUGGUGGGAGGAAUAUGUCUAUCUACGCGGUCGCAGUCCCCUAUGUGUGAACAGCAAUUUCUAUGGCACCGAUGCCAUCUUCAUGAAUCUCACCUCAAUUCAGUCGGCCCGUGCCGCCAACGUGAUUUCACUGCUGCUCAACUUCAGGCGUCUGAUCGAGCAUCAGGAGCUACAACCGAUAAUGGUGCAGGGCAUGAUACCGCUCUGCUCGUGGCAAUAUGAGCGCACCUUCAAUACGGCCCGAGUGCCCGGCUUGGAAACGGAUCGCAUAGUUCACUAUCGCGACUCCAAUCAUAUUGUGGUGCUGCACAAGGGCUGCUACUACAAGAUGACCAUCUAUCACAAGGGACGCAUUCUACGUCCCUGCGAGCUACAAGUUCAAAUCGAGAGCAUACUCGAAUCCAAGGCGACCCCCUUGGAUGGUGAGGAGUGUUUGGCUGCGUUGACCGCCUGGAAUCGCUCCAAGUGGGCCGAGGCACGCAACACGUUUUUCGCGCGUGGCAUCAAUCAUGUUUCGCUGCAUGCCAUCGAAUCCGCUGCGUUUGUCCUCUCGCUAGACGAUGAGCCAUUCGAGUUUGAUUUGGAGCGACCGGAGUUGUUGGACUCGUUUGGCAAGAAGCUGCUCCAUGGCAAUGGAUACAAUCGUUGGUUUGACAAGUGCUUCACUGUCUGCGUGGGCACCAACGGACGCGUCGGCUUCAAUGCCGAGCACACCUGGGCUGACGCUCCGGUUAUGGGACACGUAUGGGAAUAUAUAUUUGGUGAUGAUAUUGAUGGAUAUGAUGAAACUGGCAAUACAAAGGGCACACCCGAAUUCACACCGCCAACGCCGACUCGCCUCAACUGGGACUUGAAACCGUGUCUGCCGCAGAUCGAGGAGGCCACCAUCUGUGCCACAAAGCUGGUCAACGAGGUGGAUCUACGCAUAUUGGUGCAUCGCGAGUACGGCAAGGGCUUCAUGAAGAAGUGCCGCCUCUCGCCGGAUGCGUACAUUCAGAUGGCCCUGCAGCUGGCCUAUUAUCGCGAUGCUGGACGUUUCUCGCUGACAUAUGAGGCCUCCAUGACGCGCCUGUUCCGCGAGGGACGCACCGAAACUGUGCGCCCCUGCACCAUUGAGUCGGCUGCGUGGGUAAAGGCCAUGAUGGAUCCCAGCACGACGAACGAUGAUCGUGUGCAGCUGCUGAAGGAUGCAUGUGAUCGUCAUCAGUUGGGCUAUCAGGAUGCCAUGUGUGGACGAGGCAUUGAUCGUCAUCUGUUCUGUCUGUAUGUGGUGUCCAAGUACCUGGAAGUAGACUCGCCCUUCCUGAACGAGGUGCUAAGCGAACCCUGGCGCCUCUCAACUAGUCAAACCCCGCAUGGCCAAACGCCCAAAAUGGAUUUAAAGAAGCAUCCGAAUUGCAUUAGCGCCGGCGGUGGCUUUGGACCCGUCGCCGAUGAUGGCUAUGGCGUAUCCUACAUCAUCGCCGGAGAAAAUUUAAUGUUCUUCCAUAUCUCAGCAAAGACCACGUGUCCGCAAACGGAUGUGCACCGUUUCGCGAACAACAUUUGCCAGGCGCUGGCAGACAUCCGCAGCAUGUUCGAGCAGCAUAUGAAGGAUCAUCCACAGCCCGCCAAGAAGCUCACCAACGGCGUGUCUAAAUAAUGUCCAUAGUCCUCUUGUAGUGCAGUCUUGAGAGAUUCUUGUUAGCAUUUGUUUUUACUUUUCUAGUUAUUCGUUUUUACAAACAUCCAAACAUAUAUCGUCUCUAAUCUAAGUUUUCAAUCUUAAGUGUAAAAGUGUUGGAAAAACGUUUUUUACAAGAUAAAAAAAAGCAAAAUUUAAGCGAAAUGAGCAAUGCAAUUCUACACAAAACUAAAUUAAAAUUUGUGUAACAACUUG